CCCCGGCGUCCCGCGGAGGCCCCGCCCCGGUUGCGCCUCCCCGGGUGCGAGCGGCUAUGGCGGGGCCCGGCGCCCGCUGGAAACGCCACAUCGUGCGGCAGCUUCGGCAGCGGGACCGCACGCAGAAGGCGCUCUUCCUGGAGCUGGUGCCCGCCUAUAACUGUCUCCUAGAGAAGGCUGAGUUGCUGGCCCGGAUCUCAGAGAAGCUGCAGCCAAAGCCAAAUGAUGUCACCCCUGCUACCCUUCAGGGCCCUUGGGAGGAGGAAUCGGGGCCUGACUCAGACCUAGUCCCAUCAUCAAGCACUCUGAGGGUGAAGUGGCAAGAGGAGGAGGAGGGACUCCGACUGGUCUGCGGUGAGAUGGCCUACCAGGUGGUGGCGAAGAGCGCUGCCCUGGGCGCCCUGGAGUCAACGCUGGAGCAGCGGCAGAGCACGCUGGCGGCCCUGCAGGCCCGCGUGGCGGAGCUGCGGGAGGAGCAGGCGCGGCAGACGCGGCAAGUGGACGCCCAGCGGGCGCUGAACGUAGCGCAGCGGGCGGCCUACGAGGCGCUGCGCGGGCGCGCCCGGCUCCAGGAGGCGGCCCUGCGCAGGCUCGAGGAGGAGGCGCGGGACCUGCUGGAGAGGCUCGUGCAGCGCAAAGCCCGCGCCGCCGCCGAGCGCAACCUGCGCAACGAGCGCUACGAGAAGGCCAAGCAGGCACGGAUGUCCUUGGAGCUAAAGGCGGCUGCCCAGCGGACUGUGAGCAUCAGCGAGAGCCCCAACACCAUUGGCGAUGGGAUCAGAGAGGAGGGUAAGACUCUGGCCCUGAUGGCUGAGCCCGUGUCCCCGAAGAGUGAGGCUGGUGAGAAGUGGCUGAGGACCUUCAGGUCUGCCUCUGCCACCUCCUUGACGCUCUCCCGCUGUGUGGAUGUGGUGAAGGGGCUUCUGGAUUUCAAGAAGAGGAGAGGCCGUUCCAUUGGGGGAGCUUCUGAGCAGCGAUACCAGAGCAUCCCUGUGUGCGUGGCUGCUCAACCUCCUAGCCAGGUUCUGGAUGUGCUGGAUGCCCACCUCUCUGAGGUCAAUGCUGUUUGUUUUGGUCCCAAUAGCAGCCUCCUAGCCACCGGAGGGGCCGACCGCCUCAUCCACCUCUGGAACGUUGUGGGAGGUCGUCUGGAGGCCAACCAGACUCUUGAAGGAGCUGGUGGCAGCAUCACCAGUGUGGACUUUGACCCUUCGGGCUCCCAGGUAUUAGCAGCUACUUACAAUCAGGCCGCCCAGCUCUGGAAGGUGGGGGAAGCACAGUCCAAGGAGACGCUAUCUGGACACACAGACAAGGUGACAGCUGCCAAAUUCAAGCUGACAAGGCACCAGGCGGUGACUGGGAGCCGAGACCGGACAGUGAAGGAGUGGGACCUCGGCCGCGCCUACUGCUCCAGGACCAUCAGUGUCCUUUCCUACUGUAAUGAUGUGGUGUGUGGGGACCAUGUCAUCAUUAGUGGCCACAAUGACCAGAAGAUCCGGUUCUGGGACAGCAGGGUCCCCUGUUGCACCCAGGUCAUCCCUGUGCAGGGUCGGGUCACUUCCCUGAACCUCAGCCAUGACCAGCUGCAUCUGCUCAGCUGUUCCCGAGAUGACACACUCAAGAUCAUUGACCUUCGAGUCAGCAAUAUCCGCCAGGUGUUUAGGGCUGAUGGCUUCAGGUGCGGUUCUGACUGGACCAAAGCCGUGUUCAGCCCGGACAGAAGCUAUGCCCUGGCAGGUUCCUGGGACGGAGCCCUUUACAUCUGGGAUGUAGACACUGGGAAGCUGGAGGGCAGUCUGCGGGGACCCCACUGCACUGCUGUCAACGCCGUGGCCUGGUGCUACUCGGGGAGCCAUGUGGUGAGCGUGGACCAGGCCAGGAAGGUGGUGCUCUGGCACUAGUGCCAUGAUUCCUCCCGCCAGGGCUGGAACUCUAGUCUGAAGUCCAAAGCCAGAGGACAGCUUCCUAUUGCUCACAGGGCUCUAGAGCCAGUGGGGCUAGGGGUGGGAUGGGAGGUGGGGGUGGUCUUGGGGCAUUUAGUGGGCAAUAAGGCCUGGCAGGACCUGGCCUAUCUUGAAAAACAAAAUGUGUAUGUGUAUAUGUGUGUGUGUGUGUGUGUGUGUGUGGCAGGUAUUACAGUACUUUUUGGUUCAUUUUUUUAAAUCUCUGAUUUCUCACUUUCUUUGACAAAAGUGAAAAAAAGUUGCAUCUAAACUGGUGUCUACUUGCCUCUUUGCAGCAUUCAGGUAGCAGAGGCCUUUGGGCUGGUGGCUCGAGGACACCUGGGCUUGGCCCCCUUUCCUCCACCUGCAGAGCUGGGCAGAGCCAGUCUGACCUCAGUGCUGUUCAUAUCUGAGGAGACAGCAUGAAGAAAGGCUCACAGACAGCAAGGGCAGUGGCUCUUGGAGCCAUGGGAAUUUUACCUUUGGUCUAAGCUGGUUUAGAGGCCAAGCCAACACCUUGGGCCCUUGGGCUUCAGGCACUCAGGGUGGACUUGGACUGAGGCCACGGGAAUUGCAAGGAAGGGAUCGGGGAGCAGCCUAGAGGGCUCUGGUGGAAAGGGUCUUAACAAACCAGAGAGUGGUGUCAAGUACUUAGUACACCAGGCCUGCCUUUAGAUGAGAGCAUGUUCUUGCUCCAGAGGUGGGGCCCAGAAUGGGUGGGGAGCAGCCCGCGUAUGUCUGUGUGUUGGGGAGGGCAGCUGUGGGCUGGGCUUGGGUGGGUGCUUCACUUGGGUCAGCACCACAAGCCUCUGGAGUACAAGGCAGACCCAGCAGGGGAGAGCCUGGGCACCCCACUUCCUUUGUCAACCUCGAGCACGGAGGAGCUGUCAGCAGGACAGCCAUUGCCAGUUACAAGACCGCAGAAGGGACUUCUAUCCAACUGAUGGGGCUUUACUUUGGAGUUCUCAUCUGAGAUUCAAAGGCUUUACUCUAGAAUUCUCAGUUUCCUUCUUUAUCACCUUAUAAAGUCUCCCUUGGGGGUCAUGCCAUUCCCAGGGUUUGGAAGCCAUUCCCAGGAUGAGCAGUAAGGUGCUGAGAGCCUAAACUCUGUAGCUGGGCUAUUUUUGAGUCACAGCCCACUAUUUAAUAGUUGAGGGAUUUUGAGGGGUUCCUUAAUGGCUUUGUGCCUUGGUUUCUUCCUCUGUGAAAUCGGGAAAAUAAUAGUACUCACCUCAGAGGGCACCUGGGUGGUGCAGUCCGUUAGGCAUCCGGCUCUUGGUUUCUGCUCAGGUUGUGAUUUUGGGGUCAUGAGAUGGAAUCCCACAUCGGGCUCUGUGCUCAGCAUCUGCCAGAGAUUCAUUCUUUUGCCCCCUUCUCAUUCAUGCUUUUUCUCUUUCUCUAAAAGAAAAAAAAAAAAAAAAAAAGCACUCACCUCAGAAUUUAUUGUAUAGACUCAGUGUGUUCGUAUCUGGAAGCUCCUGGCACGUGACAGAGGCUGCGUGUUGAUUAAAUACCCAGGCUACACUCUGCUGACUCUCGGCUCAUUCACUGCUCUGGGCCCAGCUGUCCCCUGAACUCUAGGUGACAUACCUAGCUGCCUCCAGGACAUCAUCUCCCCCUGACAUAAGUAUCUCUUCCCCUCAUGCCUACAUCCUCCUGCACCAGGGGGAUUUUUUAAAAUAAAUUUAUUUUUUAUUGGUG